GUGCAGGUCACCUACGUCUGGAUCGAUGGCAGCGGUGAGGGUGUGCGCUGCAAGAGCAGGACCCUCGAGAAGGAACCCAAGAGCAUCGAAGAUGUUCCCGAGUGGAAUUUCGAUGGCUCCAGCACGGCGCAGGCUGAGGGCUCCAACAGUGACAUGUUCCUGGUGCCCGUCCGCAUGUUCAGGGACCCUUUUUGCCUGGACCCCAACAAACUGGUGCUCUGUGAAGUGCUGAAGUACAACAGGAAACCCGCAGAGACCAACCUGAGACACACGUGCAAGAAAGUCAUGGACUUGGUUAAGGACAGUCACCCCUGGUUUGGGAUGGAGCAGGAGUACACGCUGCUGGGCAUCAACGGCCACCCCUACGGCUGGCCCGACAACGGCUUCCCUGGUCCUCAGGGUCCCUAUUACUGUGGGGUUGGAGCAGAUAAGGUGUACGGGCGCGAUAUCGUGGAGUCCCACUACAAGGCAUGUCUCUAUGCGGGGGUGAAGAUCUGUGGCACCAACGCAGAGGUGAUGCCCUCCCAGUGGGAAUUCCAGGUGGGUCCAUGCGAAGGCAUCGAGAUGGGGGAUCACCUCUGGAUGGCUCGGUUCAUCCUUCACCGUGUCUGUGAGGAUUUUGGGGUUGUGGCUACUUUGGACCCCAAACCAAUGACUGGCAACUGGAACGGC